CUCCGCGGCCACCGUCGCCUCUUCCGGCAUCCCUCCCUCCCACGUGACCCAAACAGCCUCGCGCUUCCGGGGCCUUCCUUGCCGCCGCUUCCCGCUUCUUCGCCGGGGCCGCCGAGCCGGAGCCGCUGAAUUUGCUGGCAGUGACGGUUGUAAGGCUGGCCUGAUGGAGAGCACGGCGUUGGAAAGUUUAAUUGAGAUGGGCUUCCCGCAGAACCGAGCGGAGAAGGCCCUGGCGUUGACCGGGAACCAGGGGAUCGAACAGGCCAUGGAUUGGUUGGUGGAACAUGAGAACGACCCCAGUCUGGACGAUCCCUACGUGGCUCCGCAAGGCCACGUUCUGGACGCCGAGGAAACCCCUGAAGGAACGACGCCGGAUUCGGUGGAGGGUGGAUCAGGUGAGCUGGCUGAAGGAGAGACGCAGCAGCCCCUGACGGAGGAGGAGAAGCAGGAACAGACAAAAAGGAUGAUGGAGCUGAUUUCCCAGAAGCAGAAGGAGCGCGAAGAGCGGGAGAAGCGGGAGAGCAUCGAGCGGGAGAAGCAGCGCCGGAAACAAGGCCAGGAGCUGCUCCUCCUCCGCCAGAAGCUGCAGGAGGACGAGAUGAAGAAGCUGGCCGAGGAGCGCCGGAGGGAGAAGCUGGAGGAGAAGCUGGCCAAGCAGCGAGUGCGAGAGAAGAUUGAACGGGAUAAGGUGGAGAGAGCCAAGAAGUUUGGCUGCAGCAGUGCCACCCAGGCCUCCGCCCUGCCUGAGCAGGUGGACCCGGUGCUCAUCUCCUCCCCCAGCCAGGAGCCCCCCGUCAAGCGGGAAUACGAUCAGUGCAAGAUCCAGGUGAGACUCCUGGACGGCACCUCCCUGACCCACACCUUCAAGGCCAGGGAGCAGCUGGCAGCCGUGCGGCUGUACGUGGAGCUGAACCGCCAGGAUGGCGGGGAAGACCCUUUUCACCUCCUGACGAGUUUUCCCCGGCGGGUCUUCACCGAGGACGACAUGGAGAAGCCCCUGCAGGAGCUGGGACUGGUGCCUUCCGCCGUGUUGAUAGUGGCAAAGAAGGGCAACAGCUGAGUGCCUCUCUUUGCUUGUGACGGUUGCGGCUUUCCUUCCUUCGCACCGAUUGACGGAGGCUGACCUAACCUCGUCACCAGGUGCCACCGUAGUGCGCCAGCCCCUCCUCUCCCCAGAGACUCUGAAACAGCAGCCCUUGACCCAGGGACACCGAAACAGACACUGUGUGGGUAGAAGAGUUGUAGAGGACCCAGCGUUUUGCAAUUGGAUAACCCCCCCCUCGAAUAAAACCUCUUCACUCUGG